CCCACUGUGAUGGAAGCGACACCAGAGCGGAGGUCCCCUUGAUCAUGAGCUCCAUAAAAGCCUUCUCGGACCACGCUCAGUGUGGAAGGCUGGAAGUGCACCUCGUGGGAGGCUUCAGUGACGACAGGCAGUUGUCACAAAAACUUACUCAUCAGCUUCUUAGUGAAUUUGACAGACAAGAGGAGGACAUUCACUUAGUGACACUGUGUGUGACAGAAUUAAAUGACCGGGAAGAAAACGAAAACCACUUUCCAGUAAUUUAUGGCAUCGCUGUCAACAUUAAGACGGCAGAGAUUUACCGAGCAUCCUUCCCAGAUCGGGGUCCAGAGGAGGAGCUCCGUGCUGCCCGAGCUUUAACAGGAGGACCAAUGAUUAGUAUUUACGACGCAAAGACAGAGCAACUGCGUAUAGGACCGUAUUCCUGGAUGCCCUUUCCACACGUGGAUUUCUGGCUGCAGCAAGACGAUAAGCAAAUACUAGAGAACCUUUCCACUUCGCCUCUGGCUGAGCCGCCCCACUUUGUGGAACAUAUUAGGUCUACCUUGAUGUUUUUAAAAAAACACCCAUCUCCCACCAGCGCACUGUUUCCUGGAAACAAGGCUCUGCUCUACAAAAAGAAUGAAGGUGGCUUAUGGGAAAAGAUCUCUUCUCCAGGAAGCUAAACACGGGAUCACCAAAGAAAGCAACUUGUUGGCCUGACAAAGACCACCGUGGGGGCUGCAAAGAAUGCGCAUCAGAAUCUACAUCUGCUGAGUCUUAGGUCUCCUUCCUUACUGUCCUUCAAAUGACUUUCAAAAUAAAAUCUUAUUUUGGCAAAGGCA